AUGAAUAAUGAUGAUUUGGGGAAUAGAAUAGCCAGAACUGUUAUUGAUGAAUUCAAUAACCUAAAUAUUAAAUCAGGUAAACCAACAACGAGAUCAAAUGGAGUCAUAGAAUGGACGGUUUUAGCUAGCAUAGUAGCACUUAUGAAUGGAGAAAUAAUUCCAAUUACUUUAGCUACUGGAGUGAAAGUGUUACCAAAUAAAGUUAGAAAUUAUUCCAAUGGUUUAAUGGUUCAUGAUAUGCAUGCAGAGAUAUUGUCAUUAAGAUUAUUCAAUUUGUUCUUACUUGAGGAAGUUCAAAAGAGUGAUUCCAAAUUGGUGAAGAAGAACAAUGAUAUAUUCCAACUUCGUAAUGAUAUAAAAUUAGCAUUAUUCGUGACAGAGCCUCCAUGUGGAGAUGCAUCAAUGACUUAUUUAUCAAAUAAUCUAGAAUCCAAUGAUCCUUGGGAGUCAAAUAGAUCCGAGUCAACAUUCAAUAGGGGUAGAAAUAAUUUUGAUCAAUUGGGUGUUGUAAGAACUAAACCAGGUAGAUCAGACAGUUUGAUUUCUUAUUCAAAAUCAUGUUCUGAUAAACUAUGUUUGAAACAAUUGACGGGUAUUUGCAAUGCUAUAACUUCAACAUUAUUUGAUCCUAUUUUUUUGAAUUUUUUGGUAGUAAAAGAUGUUACAGAGCAAGAUUUUUAUAGAUGCUUUAUAGAUAGAUUCCCAACAGAUCAUCAAUUAGAACUACUCAAGUAUGAUUUUGAUUUAUUUGAAUAUGGUAAGUCUAAUAUCAAGGAACCUUCGCCGCUAUCAUUGUUAUACAUUUGUCCAUCAAAAACAGUUCAAGUACUAAAUAAUGGAGUUAAAAAUGGAUCAUUUAUUAGAAAUAAACCUCCUAAACCUGGUGGUGAGAGUAUUAUAUGCAAUCAGAGUCUAGCUAAAAAUCUCCCGUUGCCAAUUGAUGCAAGAACUUACGAAGAAUUUAAAAGAUCAAAUGUUGAAAGAGAGUUACUAAAAGCGAAAGGUCAAACAAUCUUACAGAAUUGGAAACAUUCGGAUGUAGAUGACUUUAUCAUUUAA